AUGUUUAAGAGCGCUAUAGAACAAGUUCGCAAAGCUAACGAUGUCAUUCGUUCCAUUGACGACAAACCAAAAGAAGGUGAGAGAUGGUUAAAGAAAGAUGAAGAGAAUAGGAAGAGAAAUGUGAAGUCAGGCAAUAGACUCAUUGACUUUAACAUCGAAGCUUUAGAUGAACCAAACAGAGACUACUUACACAAACAUUUCGGUAAGGUUUUCAUGAGACUCUUAGAGAAAAUUAAAAUAAACUCACAACAGAGAUGGAUGGUAUGUUAUAAACUUGGUGGAAAGUAUGAAUGUUCUACGUUAAACCUCAAUAAUAUUGGAACAUUACUACAUCAGCUCUUGAAGGAGAACUUUAUAUCAGAGAUAGAAGCAAAUGCUGCAGGUAUUGUUGAAAUGCACUAUGACUUCUUCUUGACAAACAUAAAGAAUCUUACCGAAAUAAAGAUGUAUGAUUUAACAGAAUAUGAAGGCUUAACGAUGUCAGAUGUAAAGAAAGGCAAACCAAAAAAGAGACCAUAUAGAGAUGAAAGCACACUGACAAAUGACCAGAAAGCCAUUUUGGAAGCUCUUAAGCAAACAGGAAACCCAGCACUUAUAGAAAGCUUUUGGAAAGAUAAUGGUGAAAAGAAGUUUUAUAAGAAGAGAAGCGGUCAGUUCUGGAAGUAUCUUUGCACAUUACCUAUAAAUCUUGAACGCUACCAAAUCUUCAAUGAACUGAACAAAAGAACUGCAACACUUAUGACAGAAGACAAUUGUUUCGUUUAUGCUUGCAUUCAGGCUGGAGUAGAUGAAGAAACUAUUGACCACAUGAGAGAAGUCAUUCGUGUUAGAGACUUUCCUCAAAGUAAAGUACAAGAAAUUUCUGACGCAACAGGUAUAGCAUUUAAUGUUACCAUUGGUUAUUUCAAUGACUCAAGACAUAAUGAAAUAAAGAGAUACAUACCAAAAGAAUGUGAAACUGUUCGAACUAUUGACUUACUUCUU